GCCCCUCUGGGGUCAGUCCGAGCCUAGUUGGUCGUUGCUUGAUUGAGACGCCAUCGUCCGUUAGAUUAUUUACGGGUUGUGUCGAUUUCGCACCGUUCAGUCGGCGGCAGGUUGAGCGUAGAACAGGAUGGCACAAAUUCCGAGCAGCGAGAUCCCCUCGUGGAUGACUAAAGAGUAUUUCAGUGACGUUGUGGCGCAGAAGCUGGGCAUCGCUGAGAGUGAAGUGCAAAUUAGUGCUCUUGAUGUGAAACCUGCCACCGAGUCUGGGGAUAACUUCGCUUCGAAGCUGUACCGUGUGGCGGUCGAGGUCAGCUGCAGUGAUGGAUCCUCGAAGAAGGUGCCUUUGAUUGUGAAGGCCUUGCCCAACCUGGGGCUGGCCGAAGAGAUGAUCCAGAUGUUGAACAUCUUCCCGAAGGAAACUGCGAUGUACGUGGAUCAUUUGCCUCAGUUUGAGGAAUUGUACCGCGAGAAGGGCGUUGAGGUGAGCUUCGGGCCAAAGUGUUUGAAGAACAGCACCAAACCAACGGACAUCAUCGUUAUGGAGGAUCUCAGCGAGAGAGAUUUCCGUAUGGCCAAUCGACGCGAGGGGCUCGACCGGGCGCACGUGGAUAUGUUUUUGAAAAAGUUGGCGCAAUUGCACGCUGCAUCGGCCGUUUAUCACGAGAAGCAUGGUGAAUACAGUGCUCAGUUUCAUGAAGGCAUGUACGCGGAGAGAUCGCUGGUGAUGUUCGAAGGACACAUGAAGUCACACAUGGAGUCGGUGUCGAAAAUCAUUCGAAACUCUUGGCCGAACGGAGAAUUCUACUAUGAAGUUAUGAAUGAUUUCGGGCUCAACAUGUUCUUCGAGAUGAUCAGAAUCGUAAAAGCCGACCCGAAUGCAUUUAAUGUGCUGAACCACGGUGAUGCAUGGUGUAAUAAUUUCCUGUUCCGAUAUGGGGAGGAUAACACGAUUGAAGAAAUCACUUUGGUCGACUUCCAAAUGUGCGUAUGGUCAUCGCCCGUCAUCGAUCUGCACUACUUCAUCUUCACGUCCAUCAACCCCACGAUUCGGAUGCCCCAGAUGAACAACAUCAUCGGGUUCUACUACCGCCACUUGGUGGACAAUCUGAAACUGCUAGGCUACUCGAAAGCCAUUCCAACCCUGAAGGAUCUCCACCUGGACUUCAUCGACAAGAUCCUGUAUGGCUUUUCGUCGUCGUUUUCGGUGCUGCCUAUCUGUCUGAUGGAAAAGACCGACAAUGCGUCCAUCGAUACGAUGAUGUCCGACGGGGAGGCCGGUCAUCUCUUCCGAGAGAAGAUGUACGGCAACCCGGUGUAUGUGAAGCAACUGGAGGAACUUUUGCCGUACUUCUACGAUAAUGGGGCGUUCGACUGUCGACAUAGUGGCUAUCAAUCGCCAAGUAAGGUGUGGAGUGAUUACUUGAUGCUGCCGGGAUGGAUGCGGAAGGAGUUCUUCGGGGAGGUUGUGGAACGGAAGCUGGGUCUGGAUCGGGAUCAGUUCUCGAUCGAGAAGAUUUGGGUGGAAAUGGCAACCAAAAAGGGAGACAACUACGGAUCAACCAUGUACCGGGCUAAGCUGGAUGUGUUGGUCAAGGCCACAUCGGCAACGAGCCAGUUUUCCGUCAUCGUCAAGAGCCGUCCAACCGGGAUGGCUGCGGAGUUCAGCAACAAGCUGGAUAUAUUUGCCAAGGAGAUCGAGAUGUACCAGAAGAUCAUUCCAGCCUUUGAAAAAUUGUACGAGGAUAAGGGCGUGUACGUAGAAAUGGGGCCACGAUGCUUGAAAAUCUGUCAAGGAGUUCCAAGUGACAUCAUCGUAAUGGAGGAUUUGUGCAGCUUAAAUUAUAAGCUCGGUGAUAGACAGGAGGGUGUCGAUCAGAAGCAUGUUGAAUCGAUUCUUCGGAAGCUAGCCGAGUUCCACGCUGCGUCAGCGGUGUAUCAUGAGCGAAAUGGCAGCUAUUCAAGUUCCUUCAACGAAGGUCUGUAUAACAGGAGCAACCUAUCGACGAUGGAAUACAUGUUCAGACCAGCUUACGAGACAGGUCUUGAAGUCCUGAAAACACAUGCCUUUGCAAAAGAUUACCUAGACGACCUGGAGAAGCUCCGUCCCGUCGUAUUUAGUAGAACACUUGAAAACUUCGCUCUCGACCCAGAAGGGUUUAACGUGCUGAACCAUGGCGACUUCUGGAUCAACAAUGUGAUGUUCCAGUACGACAGUGAAGAUCGUCUGAUUGAUUCGAAGCUUCUGGAUUUCCAAGUGUGCUUCUAUGGAUCGCCAGCUUUAGAUUUGAACUAUUUCUUGUUCUCCUGUGUUAAGCUGGACAUCCGCCUUUCCAAGCUGAACUACUUCAUCCGAUACUAUCACGAGAAACUCGUGGACAAUCUAGCGCUGCUCGGUUACGGCAAAGCAUUGCCCACUUUGAAGAAGCUGCAGUACGAUUUCUACGAUCGUAUGGUUUACGGAUCAUCCAACAUGUUCGGUAUCAUGGCUGUUAUGUGUCUCGACCCAUCGGAAGACAUCAGUUUUGAACUUAUUCAACAGGAUAGUGAAGCGGGUAGAGAGUUGCGCAAGCGUAUCUACAGUAACGAGCGGUACAUAAAGGCGUUGGAGCUUCUGCUGCCAUACUUCGGAGAGCGAGGAGCCUUUAAAGAGGGAGCAGAAUUUUGCAGUUUUACCAGAAAGAGUAAAACAAGUGUUUAGCUUUUUAUCCCAACUGAAACGACAUUUUUAUUAAACGACGCCUCACAUGAACUUCACAUCUGAGAAA